AUGGGUUCUGGAGAUUGUAUCAAUGAACUAGAUCAAUGCAAACUACCAUCUCAGAAAUCUUUGGAAAAAUUGGAUAGAGCUAGUGCUUUGGGGCUUCAUAAGGAUGCCGCUGAGACACCAAUGAAAUUGAUGGCAAAUGGGAUGGCUUCUCUGGGGCCUAUUACUCCUAAAGCAGACAGAGAGAAUGGGGAUUUCACCAUUAACUUCAUAUCUCCGCCCUCAUUUUUAAAGAAACCGUCAAUGGUGACCUGCCUCAGUUCCAACACCAACAGAAAUGGGGAUGACCCAUUUGGUUAUUGUGCUGAUGGUAGCAGCCCUAGGACACCAGUGGAUGGUGUCUUCGAUCCCUUUGCCCCCGGCCGGGAUGACCUGGCAUUGGCACCCCGGUGUAAAAAAUUUGUCAGUAAGUACAGAAGUGUGGUUGCUCGUCAGCUUGAUUUUGAUUCUCCUGUCCAAAAUUCAGAAGAUGAGAUUUGGACUGAUGUAGAAUCUAUUUCGGACGAGGAAAUGUUUGAAGCGGUGUAUGAAAAUCUAUUGAAAGUUAUUGUAUCCGAGCAAACUGAGGGAGUUUUUUCUGAAUGUUCAAGGAAAGGUUGGGAUUCUGAUGACUGCAAAACACCUCCCCCGGAACCGCUUCUAAAUGGAGUAGCUGAAUCUUGUCCUGGUGCGCCCUUGAGGCCAUCAGGGAAAUCAAGGAACAUUGACUUGGGGUUAAUCAGAAAGCUUGAAUUCUAA